AUAAAUGCUGGUAAAAAACAGAAAUGUCAAGGAAAAAACGAGCAUGAUCAAGAAUAUUUUAGUCCUUACGCGCUCUGUUCCGUGUUCACAAAUCAGUCCACCAAUUCUCGCUGACUCUUCUCUUCUUCACCCCAACAACACCACCACACACGACUGACGUCAGUUUCUCUUAACGACGGCGAUUCUCUCUGUAGCAGAAAACCGUUUACGGUGCUGAACAAGUACAUUGCCGUCCAUCAGAGUGGUUCUCUCUGCAUUUCCAGGCUUCGGAGAUGGCGUCAACCUCUUCUCGUCGUGAAUGGAAAUACGAUGUGUUUAUAAGUUUCAGCGGGGAAGAUACCCGCAAUACUUUUACCAAUUAUCUGUAUUCUGCACUAAAUCUGAGAGGAAUUCUCACCUUUCUGGAUGACCGAGAGCUUGAGAAAGGAAAAUCCAUUAGCUCUGAACUUUUAGCUGCAAUUGAGCAGUCUAGAUGUGCGAUUGUCAUUCUCUCACCCAACUAUGCUCGUUCGUCAUGGUGCUUGGAUGAACUCGUCAAGAUUAUUCAAUGCAUGAAAGACAUGGGCCAACAAGUCCUCCCCGUCUUCUACAAGGUGGAUCCUUCUGAUGUGCGGCACCAAAGGGGAAGGUUUGAGCUCAAAAGGAAAACCCAAGUAGGUGUGGAAGUAAGGGAACAUGAAGAAGUUUAUGGGAAGACUGAGGACAGACUAAAUGCGUGGAGAGCUGCUUUGACUGAGGUCGCCAAUCUUUCUGGCUGGGAUUCCAAGAAUUAUCCAUAUGAAGCAAGACUAAUAGACGAAAUUGUUAAUCAUAUACUAAAGAAGUCCACGUAUACAUCUUCAAGUGUUUUCAAGGGCUUAAUAGGAAUGGAUUCCCGCAUUCAUGAUUUAUUAAGCAAUUACGUAUGUCCGCACCUUCGUAGGGUGCGUUUUAUAGGGAUCCAUGGCAUGCGGGGCAUAGGUAAGACAACACUUGCUCGAGCUAUCCAUGAUCAAAUUCGCCGGGAUUUUGACCGAGCCUACUUUCUUUCCAAUGUUAGAGAAAUGUCUAAAAACAAUGGCCUAGUUUCUCUUCAAGAAAAACUUCUUUCCGAAAUCCUAAUGGCAAAAAUUAAAAAUAUAGAGCAUGAAGACACAGGAGCUGCUAUGAUUGAAAGGCGGUUCUGCAGAACAAAGGUGCUUGUUGUUAUUGAUGAUGUGGAUCAGUUGACACAAUUAGAGAAAUUGGCUGGAAGUCGCAACUGGUUUGGUCCAGGGAGUAGAAUCAUCAUAACCACCACAGAUGUUCAGUUGUUAAAGGCACAUGAUGUUGAUGCUACAUACAAGGCUAACGGGAUAAACUGUGAUGAAGCACUUCAACUUUUGAGUUUGAAGGCUUUUAAGAAAUGUCCCCCACCAGAAGAUUAUUUGCAUCUGUGCUACCAUAUUUUAGGGUAUGCUCAGGGGCUUCCGUUGGCUCUCGUGGUUUUAGGUUCUUUUCUAUUUGGUAGAAGCACUGAUGAAUGGGCAAGUGCAAUAGAUAGGCUAAAGCACACACCGCAUAAACGCAUUAUAAACGUGCUUCGGAUUAGUUUUGAUGGACUGGAUGAAAAAGACAGAGAAAUAUUCCUACAUAUUGCUUGCUUUUACAAGGGGAAGGAUAAGGAUCGUGUGACACAAAUACUAGACUAUUGCCAGCUAAACCCUGUCAUUGAUUUAAGUGUUCUUGCUGAUAGAUCUCUCAUAACUAUCUCCAACAACGAACUGUGGAUGCAUGAUUUGCUACAAGAAUUGGGCUGGGAAAUUGUUCGUGAACAGUGUCCCAAAGAGCCAGGCAAGCGUAGCAGAUUAUGGUCUCAUGAAGACAUCAACAAUGUGCUGAAGGAAAAUAAGGGAACAGAUUCAAUCCAAGGCAUGGUAAUGGAGUUGACUAAUUUACAAGUGGCUCAUUGGAAGCCAGAAGCCUUUUCAAAUUUGUCGCAACUUAGGCUUCUCCAUAUUCGUAAUGUGGACCUUCCCAAAGGCCUCUCUUGUCUUUCUAAUUCCUUGAGACUCCUCGAAUGGACUGGGUGUCCCUUAAGAUCUCUCCCAAAAAAAUUUAAAGCAGAUGAACUUAUUGAACUUAACUUGUGCCACAGCAACAUUAAACAGCUUUGGAAGGGAACAAAGAAUUUCGACAAGUUGAAGUUCAUCAAACUCUGCCAUUCUCAAAACAUUGUGGAGACCCCAGACCUCGCAGGUGUUCAGAAUCUUGAGACUUUAGAUCUUGAAGGAUGUUCUCAUUUGGUAAGAAUCCAUCAAUCCCUUGGAUUUCUCAAAAAGCUUAUUUCUCUGAAUCUUAAAGACUGCAAAAGUCUCAAGAGUCUGCCAAGUAGAAUUGAAAUGGAAUCUCUUGAAACAUUAAUUCUUUCUAACUGCUCAAAAGUUAAGAAGAUUCCCAAGUUUGUUGGAAAUAUGGAACAUUUGUCGGUGCUUUAUCUUGAUGAGACUGCCGUUGAGGAACUGCCUGUUUCAAUUGAACGGCUGACUGGCCUUUUGACAUUGAAUCUAAGCAACUGCAGAAAUCUUGUUUCUCUUCCAAGGACCAUCAAUAAAUUGAAGUCUAUUGAAAAUCUUAAUCUUUCUGGAUGCUUGAAACUCGGCAAACAUCAGGUAAAUGUGGGGGAGAUGGACUGUUUUGAGGAAAUGUCAUCUGCCCAUGGUUGCAUAAAAUAUGUGAGAGGUUCAAUCUUACAUGGGUGCAAAGUAGUUUGGGGAUCUUUAGAAAAGUUCUUGCCUUCUGGAUUGGUGCAAAAAGUGAAUACAGAACCAAUGAGUUUCCGCUUGCCUAUAUCUCAAAAAGUGAAUACAGAGCCAAUGAGUUUCCGCUUGCCUAUAUCUCAAAAAGUGAAUACAUAGCCAAUGAGUUUCCGCUUGCCUAUAUCUCAAAAAGUGAAUACAGAGCCAAUGAGUUUCCGCUUGCCUAUAUCUCAAAAAGUGAAUACAGAGCCAACGAGUUUCCACUUGCCUCUUUCUGGUCUGUGUAAUUUAACAUAUCUGAACCUGAGUAAUUGCAAUCUUGGUGAAGGAGCAUUUGCCAACGAAUUUGGUUACUUUCCCUCUUUGGUGACCUUGAAUCUAAGUGGAAACAAUUUUGUUCGCCUUCCUUCAGGCAUUGGAUUGCUUUCUAAGCUUGAGAACUUUAACUUGGAGAAUUGCAAGAGACUUCAAGUGUUGUCAGACCUUCCAUCAAAUAGUAGUCUAGAUUUAAGGGCAGAUGGUUGUACUUCACUGAAAUACUUGUUUGAUGCAUCAAAUUUGAACAGAUUAAACAAAUCAUAUUUCAAUUUCAUCAAUUGCUCCAAUCUAAAUGGCAAUCAAGGAUGCAAUAACAUAGCGUUUGAAAUGCUGAAGGCAUUCAUGUAUCAGGGAAUCUCUAAUAACAGGGAAACUUUUCAAAUUGUAAUUCCCCGAAGUAAUAUUCCUCAGUGGUUCAGCCAUCGGAGUACUGGGUGUUCCCUAAGUGUAUAUCUACCUGCACAUUGGAAUAACAGUCAGUUUUUGGGAUUUGCUUUGUGUGCUGUUUUUGUACUCCAUGAGCACCAUCGGGUGGAUGAGCUUUAUAUAGAUGAAUUCAAGACUUUUAAUGCAACACAUCAUCUUGUAUGUUGCCUGAAGGUCGAUGGAAGAGAAUUGGAAGUAUAUGGCAGACAGCCUGCAUUUCGUUUUAGUGAAGAAUUUUGCCAGAUUGAAUCAGAUCACCUAUGGCUAUUCUAUGUAUCGAAAGAUAAAUACUUUGGUACAGAGUGGUGGCAUAACAGUUGCAGUCAGCUUGAGUUCUUAUUUGAAACCAGGGGGCCGGGUCUGAAGGUGAAGGAGUGUGGAUUCCGUCUGAUAUAUGAGCAAGAUGUGCAAGAGUUGAACAAAACAACCACUCAAUCAAGUAGUGGGAUGUCUCCUUAUGAGGAUAUAUUGAUUAAUUUUGACAUUCCAGUUGCAGGGGGAACCAGUGGCAGUGGUAGAACUUGCACGCUUGAAGAAUUAUAAGACUGGCAGAAAUAUAGGGUAUCCACCACUGGCCACUCUGAAAGACCAUAAUUAAGGACUUUCUGAUCCCAUGGUUGGAAAUGAGUUGCAGAUCGUAAAUGGCCAAUGCCUCCUCUUCUCUCAUUUUGAAUUUCUGCAGUAAUUACUUUCUGGAGCUCUCUUGUCUUCAUCUUUUACAGUUAGCAACACUACUAGCUAGGGAUAGAUCUGUAGCUGGGUUGAUAUUCAUUCUGGCAUCAGAUAAAUCUUGCACGCAUCUUGGAAACUUUUGCACUGGGCUGAACAUACAUAUAGAGAAAUGGUUGGAAAUACAUCUCAGGUAGAUGGUGAUGAUGUUGACUGGGAUACUGAUGAUGAGCUUGAGAUUGAAAACUUCACUUUAUCUUCUUCAGCUAAUCCAGGCUCUGGGGAGGCCGUGGCUCUCUUCUCAAAUUCACCAAAUUGAAAACAAAAACCCUUUCGGAAAGGUCAGUUCUUCUCCUUUCUGUCUUUACAGUUUGAGUCAACUUCUCCUUGAUGGUUAAAUGUUAAUAUUUUCUAUCUUCUGGGUUCUCUGGGCUCCCAUUUCUGAAUGUUUAUCUGAAUCAACUAAGGGCCUGUUUGGAUUUGAGGAUUUGGAUUUGGACCCUUCAAAUCCAAAUCUAUCCGUUUGGCAGAUCGUGUAUUUGGAUUUCAAAUCAUCUUGCUCAAAUCCACACCCCAUUUUUCUUAAGAAUUUCAAAUAACUAGUCAAGGGUAGUUAUUUGAAAUCACUUGCCAAAAAAAAAACCACUCCGUCUCUCUCCAUCGUCUCCGAUGACCGUCCUUCUCCUCCGUGCUGAGAUCCAUCGCCGCGGCCAACGCUGUGUAAGCGUUCGCGUCCUCUGUGAUUCACUCCGACUCCACCUCCGGUUUGCUACACUUCCCGAUCCCCUCCACGGUCGACAACAUCACAAACCCUCUCUGCAGCAACUGCAAAAUCAGCCCGAAGUCGGACCCAGGGGUCGAUGACCCCGACCCGGAGCUGAAGUUGACAAACUCGAGGUUAGGUCGAUUGUCGGAGGCGCGUCUCACGGCGUCAAACUCUCUUUCUCUGUUGAUGUUUUCUCAUAACGAUCUGGGUUGCAAGCUUCAGAAACUAUAUAUGA